CGAUUUCAGAGUUGGAGAAAGCCAUCUUAACCGAAUAACUGAUACUUCCAGAACUUUCGGGGAGGCUAUUGAGAUUACAAGAAACCUCAAGGACGUUUCUGAUAUUUUUCUCACAGCUGAACGGUCAAACGCUGAGGGUUUUGAGUCCAAUUCACCAGGUCAGGGGUUUAGGGGGAGAGAGAGACAGAGAGCAUCUUCAUCAAUCGACAAUGGCGGACGACGACUACAACGAUAUGGAUAUGGGAUAUGAGGAUGAACCUCCAGAGCCUGAGAUUGAAGAGGGUGCAGAGGAGGAUGCUGAUAAUAAUAAUAAUGAAGACAUUCCGGACGCUAUCGAGACUGCAGAAAAAGAACAGGUGCCUGUAGAACGUUCUCGAAAGACUUCCAAGUAUAUGACAAAAUAUGAAAGGGCAAGGAUCUUGGGUACCCGUGCUCUGCAGAUCAGCAUGAAUGCGCCUGUGAUGGUUGAGUUGGAGGGUGAGACUGACCCACUUGAGAUUGCGAUGAAAGAACUUCGUGAGAGGAAGAUACCCUUCACCAUUCGGCGCUACCUGCCUGAUGGAAGUUAUGAAGACUGGGGGGUUGAUGAAUUGAUUGUAGAAGACUCAUGGAAGAGGCAAGUGGGUGGUGAUUGACUAGUUCUCAUUUGGCAGCGAAGAAUUGAACUAAUGGAAGUUCCAUGUGAAAUAUUUUUAGAACUUCCUACUGCAGACCUGAUUAGUUUGACCAGCAAUACAUACGUGUAUAGGAUGUUUGAGGUUGAUUUUGUGCCUCAAUGACUAUCCUUAAUUCAUGUUGUAGAUGUUUCUCUUCUUUUGGUUUUUGUAGAGACCUAUAAUGGGGUUGAUAUUAAUGGCCCGUUCUCAAUUCCAAUCCAUGGGAAAAAUUAGAAUGAA